GGAGAUGUCAUUACCAUAUUAGUUGGAAAGGAGAAACAAGCUUUGACUGUGCAUGAAUGCCUAGCUCGGGCAUCCUCGCCAUUUAUCGACAGAGCCUUGACAGCCGCUUGGGCCGAGCAUCGCAAUCGUACAAUCAGAUUACCGGACGAUGAACAUGAGAUCGUGGUCUUAUACGUGCAUUGGCUUUACUGCGGCAAGCUUCCCGUAAUCAGCGAUGCUUACAAGGUUGAAUACACCCAACUAGUCAAGGCAUAUAUCCUUGGGGACAAGCUACUGAGCACCGAGUUUCAGCACAGCGUUAUUGGAGCUCUGAUUGAGCGACGCACAACCUUUAUAGGUGGGCGACGUUGCGCUCCCACCGCUGAAACAGUUGCAUAUGCAUACUGCCACACGAUUCCUACCUCGCCACUCCGUCAGCUACUUGUGGAUAUUAGAGUCAACUCCACAAAUCCUACCGAAUGGCUAUCAGAGAAUAGGUCACUCUUACCCGCGGAUUUUCUAGUAGACCUAGCUAUUAAAUUAUUUGAUUUGCGC